AUGGAGGCACUCGAAAAUGUGCUCAGUGCUUUGAAUCUCAAUGUUCCCAUGCCUGGGGUCAAUAACGCGGAAGUGCUUGCCAAUCCGCUCGACGUGUGCCGCACCUACCUCGCCGAAGUACUGGCAGACGCUGUCGGCUGUGACAUCAACGUAGCUUACAAGUCCAUUCAAUGGCCGAACAACAUCUUCAAUGGCGACCUGGCGGUCAUACUCCCGAAGCUCCAGCCUGGUGCUAAAGCUGAAGAAGUGGCUGUUGGGCUUAUGAAGAAGUUUCCAAUCGACCAUCCCCUCUUCGUCCUGCCAUUUCUAGAGGGUGUUCAUUUCCGUGUUUUCGUGAAGCCAGAGUCGCUAACCCGCCUCCUCUUACCGUACAUCUCAAGUCGGAAAGAUGCUUACGGAUCCAUCCCGUCUCCUGGGGAUGCGCGCAAGAAGCUCGUCGUCGAACUCUCCUCCCCGAACAUCACCAGCGAGUUCCAAGGAAAGCACCUGCGAAGCACAAUCAUCGGCGCAUUCAUCGGCCGAGUCUACGAGGCGAUGGGAUGGGACGUAACGCGCAUCAACUAUCUCGGCGACUGGGGCAAGCCGAUCGCGUUGUUGUACGUUGGCUGGUCGAAGUACGGCUCGGAAGAAGCGUAUGCGGCGGAUCCGGUCGGACAACUUCUGGAGGUCUACCACAAGAUCGAAGAAGACUUCAAACCCGAACAGGCAGCGAGCAAAGCAGCGCGCGACGAAAUGGCAAAGGAAGGCGAAGACACGGGCGAAGCGCAGGCCGAGAUUGAAAGCAAGGGCAUCUUCGCAGAACGUAACGAAGCUUUCAAGAAGCUAGAAGAAGGCGAUGAGGAGCUUGUGGCCUUUUGGAAGCGCGUGCGAGAUGCCAAUAUCGACAACUACACCAGGUUCUACGAGCGACUUGGUGUGCGCUUCGAUGAGUACUCUGGCGAGUCGCAGAUUAAGCCUGAGACUAUGGUGGAAGUCGAACAGAUGCUGAAGGAGAAGGGUAUCUCGGAGGAGAGCGGGGGAUCUCAGAUUAUCCACAUGCAGAACAUAGGUGCGAAGGCUGGUACGGCCAUCAUUCGCGACCGCUCCGGUAGCAGCACGUACCUCCUCCGAGACCUCGCCGCGGUGUUGGAGCGUUCGAGGAGGUACUCGUUCGACAAGAUGGUAUACGUGGUUGCCAGCGACAACAGCGUCCACUUUACUCAACUCACCAAGGUCUUGGAAGCGAUGGACAUGAAGGAGCUGGCCGACAAGCUCCAGCAUGUCAAGUUCAGCGAGGUAUCGAAGAUGGCGGCGACGCUUGGUAAAGGGUACAAGCCGCAGGGUAUAUUGGACGCAUGUGAGGAAGCGAUGACUGCGUUGUCGGAGGCCGAUGCCGAGAAACUCGAAGUGGUAGGUGGGUUGGAUGAUGUUAAGGAAGGACUCGCGACAUCGUCACUGCUCGUGCAAGAGCUCUCGACUCGCCUGACCACAACACAUGCAUUCGACACUGGUGCGAUGGCCUCCUUCAAGUUUGGGUCGGGCCCGGAUCUGCAGUACUGGCUGGCUAAGCUCCGCCGAUUGCUCAAAGGUGCUGAUGCCGCUGAACUCUCGGAUGAAGAUUACGAAGUGUUGGCUGAAGAAGACCCGGCCAAUCUUCUGCGCAUUCUGGCUCAGUACCCGGAGGUCGUGAAUGCGACCUACCAUUCGCUCGAGCCGGCUGGUGUUGUUACUUAUCUCGCCAGUGUGACUGAGCAGCUUGCUGAAUGUCUUCCAGAGGAUGCUGAGGGUGAUCAGGAUGCGAAGAUCACCCCCGGUCUGGCGGCGCUCUACGAAGCGACUGCAGUCGUGCUGGAGAAUGGCAUGAAGCUGCUAGGAUUGGCGCCGAUCGUGCAGUCAUUGCCGGACAGAGCGGAUACGCCGGUGAUGGGAUGA